AUGUCUAUUACCCAGUACUACGGUGGGUCCUCCCUGGCCAUGAUGAGUAAGAGUGCAAUAGUCAUUACAGCAGACAAAAGAUUCGGUAAUCAGGCCAGCACCCUGCACUCGAACUUCACAAGGCUCUACCAGAUGACGGACAAGAUUAUUUUGAGUCUCACAGGCUUUGUCCCAGACUGCCAAAUCCUCUUUAAAACCCUGCGCAAGCACGUGAACAUGUUCCAGCUAAAUCAGCAAAGAGAAAUAGAGCCAAAAGAGUUUACCUCUCUUCUUUCCUACAUUUUGUACAGCAGGAGAUUUAUGCCGUAUCUUGUGUCUCCGCUGAUAGCUGGAUUUGACAGAAACAACUCACCACACGUGUAUACAAUGGAUCUAAUUGGCUGUGUGAGCACACACAAGGACUUUGCAUCCACGGGAACCGCGGCUAACAACCUCACAGGUAUAUCUGAUGUUUUAUAUACGGGUGGUGAUGUAGAAGACGAAGAUUUAUUUGUAACAACCAUGCAGGCAUUCCUGAAUGCAAUCGAUAGAAAUGCCUUGUCAGGCUGGGGCGCAGAUGCCAUCAUUCUCACACCGCACAAGAGAAUCCACAGAGAAGUAAAAACAAGACAGGACUAG